AUGCCAGAAAAGUGGGACACACUGGUAUUACGAGACGCCUUAGGGCCUAAUCUAAAAGUCCUGCAACUUUUAGGAUAUUGGCCACCAGAAGAAUCCUCUUCAUUAAUCAGAGGUGUUUACCAAAUCUACGCCACAUUUUGUGUUGGUUUCUUCUUCAUUUUGUACAUAGUCACUGAAGUUAUAAACAUUGUGCUAUCCUUGGAUGAUUUGGAGAAGAUUACCGAAGCAUCAUUUUUAUUCCUUACUCAUUUUGCGCAAAUAAUUAAACUGUAUCACUUUACCACCAAGAAUCCUCGUAUAUGUGCUCUUGCAAACAGUCUACAAGGACCUAAAUUUCGUGCACGCAAUGCCAAACAAUAUGGAAUGUUGAAGAGGAGCAUCUUUGAAGCGCAGUUCACGUUUUAUCUUUUCAUAUCAAUGUCGUUGUCUACUUGUAUUCUCUGGGGGAUAUUCCCUCUGAUUGAUCAAUCUGCAGAUGGACACAUGGCAUUACCACUCAGCUCGUAUUAUCCGUUUAGUACUGAUAAUUCUCCGACGUUUGAAUUAAUCUUUGCUUAUCAAAUAAUUUCGACUUCGAUCAAUGCUGCUACGAAUGUGAGUAUGGAUACUACUGUUUCGUCGUUCAUGUCUGUGAUCUGUGGGGAGUUGAAUGUUUUGAACGAUUCGUUGGUGAAUAUUCGAGAGUUUGCUUUGGAACGAAUGGGGAAACGAGCAGUUGAUUUGGGAUUACUGGAUGAUAGUAAUCAUGCUAAGACGCAUCCUGAAUUGGAAAUGGAAAUGGAUAAGAUUUUGAUUGAGUGCGUUCAUCAACACUGGCAGAUUUUAGAUGCGACAAUUGAAAUUGGGGAACUUUUUAACAUUGGAGUACUUUCUCAAUUUGCUGUUGGUACAAUAAUAAUUUGUAUAACUAUGUUCGAAUUGACUUUGGUCGAGUUGUUUAGUUUACAAUUUGUCUCAAUGGUUUUGUAUCAAGGAUGCAUGUUGGUGGAAAUUAUUCUUUAUUGUUGGUUCGGGAAUGAAAUCAUUCUGAAGAGUGAGAAUAUAUGUUUCUCGGUGUAUAGUUCCGACUGGUAUAGGAACUCGGUUGAAUACAAGAAGAAAAUGUUGAUGAUCAUGACCAGGACGCAGGUACCUAUUCGCUUGUAUGCGGGAAAUUUGUUUACGCUUUCCUUGGUAACAUUUGCUGCUAUUUUGCGUUCUUCAUGGUCCUACUUUGCUGUCUUGCGUCGUGUUCAUGUUGAUGAAAAUGAAAUACAGUAA